GCAGUGGCGACGACGGCGGCGGUGAUAGUGGUGGGUGGUGGGUGGUAGUGGCGAACAACGACAGCACGACAUCAACAUACAACGCCGAGAACGACAACGGUGGCUGUUCAGUGGCUGUACGUUCAGAAACGUGCAUAGGUGUGACUGCGCAGUCGCUAUUAACAGCAUUGAAGAUCUUCGGGUCAAUUACUACAUUUCAAGUAAUAUCAAAUGAUGACUGCAACUCAUGAGCUUCAACAACAACAACAAAACGUCCAGCAGCAGCAGCAACAACAACAGCAUGUACAACAACAGCAACAACAAGUGCAACCGCAACAAAUUCAACCGCAACAAGUGCAAGCACAACAACAGAUUCAACAGCAGGUUCAGCCUCAGCAACAAAUGCAAGUACAACAGCAGGUGCAGCAACAAGUACAGCAACAAGUACAGCAACAAGUACAACAGCAGCAACAACAACAACAACAACAGCAACAACAGCAGCAGCAACAGCAACCACAACAACAACAAAGUAAUGGGCCACAUAAUGUGGUACCUACGCAAGUACAAGUUCAACCACAGGUAGCAGCUAACAUGCCCCAACAACAGUUACAGGGAGCAGUUGCUGUGUCAAUGCAUCAUCAGCAACAAGGUGUUGGUGGUGUAUCUAUGGCAUUAUCUGGUCAACAAGGUGCAACAACUAUAACCACGAUGGCUGCACAUCCUCAGGCAGUUCAAGUUAUUCAACAACCAAUACAAAGUCAAGCAUAUCAUUUGCAACAACUUUAUAAUACUCAAGCUCCAUUAUUGAUGCCUGGAAAUUUGGCUCUUCAUCCUGCAGGAAUAAAUCCAUCUUCGAUUCAGAAUACUUUACAGGUUACAACAGCUGGUAAGCCUUUUCAGUCUGCAGCACAACUGACACCUCAUAUGUUAACUUCAGCAUCAACACCUGACCAAGGUACAGGUCAUCCUGGUGCAGGAGGGACUAAAGUUCAAGGAUUUCCAACGAGUUACUUGCCUGUACCAACUUCUGCUACUCCUGAUGCAGGACAAGCAUUGGUUUUUGGACAGCUUGGCGUUUUAGGCUCGCCACAGCCUCCACCCUCGCUACAACAACAACAGCAGCAGCAAUCUGCAAAUAAACAAGACCAAGUACAAAAGUAUACCACAUGUACAGCGGGUACUCCAUCCGGCGCAAGAGGACCAGGAAUGCAAUUUGCACUUUGGCAGUUUGCACCUCAAGUUUGGACUGGAUUACAACCACCAGCUGUUCUUACUGCUGCUCCAAACCAAAUAUUUAUUCGAAGUCCUACACAACCUGACAUGUUCAUUCAAAGUCCACAACCCAUCCAAGCCCAUAAUGCAUUAGCCACCCAACAGCAGAUUCAAGGAGUACAGCAAAUUGCGGCCGCUAGCGGGAAAGCCAAGGUAAUGGACAUACAACAAUAUCAAGCGAUGAAAAGCAAGCAGAGCACAGGAGGACAGAGGCCACUUAGCAUUUUACCAUCGUCGCUGCAAACUGUCAAUAUACGAGCUGCAAGUUCUGUUUCUACACAAACUGUUCAUGAAGUACAAGUCACGGUACACGCACAGAGUGGGAAAGUGAGCGGGAGCGGGGGUAAGGGUCGUGGUAAACCAAUUCAAUCGCCUCAACAACAACAACAACAGCAGCAACAACAACAACAACAACAGCAACAGCAGCAACAACAACAAACGCAACAGGCAAUGCAACAACAACAUCAACAAGUGUUCAUUCAGCAAAAGCAACAUCCUCAACAACAACAACAACAACAGCAACAGCAACAAUUACAACAACAGUAUCAGCAACAACAAGUGCAAUCUACCCAACAACAAAUUCAACCUAAGCCAAUGAUGGCAGGUAUGGCUUUACAGCAACAGCAGCCACCUGGAGUAGUUUUAAGUAGUGAACCAAGACCUAUAAUGCCUGUAGUAUCGGUAGGAAGUGUUGGGGUUGCUGCUGCAUCACAAAUGAACCAAGUACAGCAACCUCAAAUGUCUGCUGUACAACAGCUUCCAAUACCGGUACAAAACUAUUAUCAUGCUAUCAAUCCGACAAUAUUAGGCAAUCAAAUAGUAGGCGCAGCAUCUCAAGUUCAACCUGUACCAAUAGUAAAUAGACCAACCGAACAACAGCCUCAUGAUCCUAAUAAUGCUGCGAUGAUGAUAACGUCGUCUGAUCGUAAUCAUCAACCUGACUGUCCGAUAAUACUACCAUCAACAAUUCUUCCUCCUACUAACGAUGAUAAUAAAAAUAUUAAAAAAGAUGAAGUUUUACCAAUAACUGUGGAAGAAUUGCCAGUACCUCCACCAGAUGUAUCAGAUACCGAUAAUUCCAAGCUGCAAAUAAAAGAAGAGGAAAAUAAUACCUCGAAAACGGACGAUAAAACAUGUAACAAUCCAUUAGCUGGACUUGCCAAUACAGUCAAUUCUAUUACCAAUGGCGCAGCUAAUGAAGAAUCGACAAAUGUUUCUGUAACUGUUCCUCUAACAGCAAGUAGUAAACAUGCACCUCCUAAGGCUAUGGUUAAACCUCAAGUUCUUACGCAUGUGAUUGAAGGAUUUGUUAUACAAGAAGCAUCCGAACCAUUUGCAGUUAAUCGAACUUCUUUGAAUAAUACAGUGGGCCAAGAGGCAACGAAUAUUUUAAAUCGUAACAACUCGUCCGAAAAAGAUAAUCCUGAUGAACCACCGAGAAAGAAACAUGCUCCGAAUUACAACGUAGACGAUGAUGGUAACAAUACUCAUGUUGGCAAAUGUGAAAGUUGCGGUAACACGAUAGACGAGCAAAAUAUUAAAUUUAAAAAGGAUAAACGUUUCUGUUCUGCCAUUUGUGCGAAAAAUAAAAAACGUGAAUCGCGUGAACGCGAUGUCAUGGAAAAACAAUGGUCGGAAAUGGAAAUUGACAUUAAAACUAACGAUGUAGAUAAUAAUAAGAAAAAUGGAGAAGACAAAUCGUUGUUAACGACUACUACUACUUCCUCCGUAGAUGAUUCCACUCCAAAAGUGAAUCCUGUUAAAUGGACAGUAGGAGAAGUAUGCGAAUUCAUUCGCGGCUUACCAGGUUGUGCCGAUUACGCGGAAGACUUUGCCAUACAAGAAAUCGAUGGACAAGCUCUUAUGUUGUUAAAGGAAGAUCAUUUGAUGUCUGCGAUGAGUAUUAAAUUAGGACCAGCAUUAAAAAUAGUAGCCAGAAUUGAUUCGAUGCGUAUAGAAUCAAUGUCCAAUUCCAAUCCUACAUCUAACAGCUCGUAAAUUAUUUAUCCUUCUGCAUUUGUUUUUUAUUUGAAGACUCAGUCUAAAAUAAUCAUUUAUGAGCUGCGGAGGGUUUUGUGCAAAAAGUAUUCGAUUCAAUAAGAAAUGAUAAAUAUUUAAUUAUUUGCAAUAUCUCCACAGAAAAUUCAUACUUGUGUAAAUAUUUAAUUUAGAUUUUAACGAAAGAAUUUAAUUCAAAUAAUAUUAUUUCUAUUAAUCUGAUGGGAAAGAACAAGUAUUUACUAAAUUGGAAAGAAAUGCAUACAAAAACAUAGGAAAUAGAAAAAAAAAACAGACGAUAAUUUUAUAGCCUUAAGAAUAUUAAAGAGAAUUCUGCAAUCAGUUGGAUUAUACAUUAGAUCAUUUUUCAUUUCUUGUAAUAUUAUUUAUAGGAUUAUUGUAAAUAUUUGUUAAAUGGUAUAUCAUAGGCACGCAAUUAUAUUCUUAAAAAGGAAGCUACAAUAUUUGCCUAAUAUAUAUAUAUACAUAUAUAUAUAUAUAUAAGAAUGAAACAUAGAAUUAUUUAAGAGUAACAUUUCUAUGAGAUACGAGAGAAAAUCAUUGUAAGUCAUAAAUGUUUUUUUGUAAAAUGUUGUUCGAUCAUAUAUAUAAAUUCCUUACUUUUUACAAAAUUUCUAUACAAUGUGCAUUUCGACUUAUAAUGAUUAAAACUCUCUUUCGAAAUCAUGUGUAAAUAACAUAUAUAUAAACGCAAAUGGAUUGACAAAAUUGUGUUUAUCUGUAUGACGAGUGCCGUCAUGUAUAUUGUAUGUAUGAAUGUUUUAUAAAAAGUACAAUUUUAUAAAAAAAAAAAAAUUGCGUACAAUUAACAAAUAGUCAAGAAUCUGAGUACAAAAUGUGUCUAUUAGGCAGAAUACAAGCAUUGUACAUAAGAUAUUUAGAGAUACGUGCUGUACUCUGUGUUCAACAAAUAUUAUUUUGGGUUUGCAUUUCAAUGAAAACGAAAAAAGACCAUCAUGCUCAAAGAUCAUUUUCAAAUUGUAAUUAUGUUACAAUUAUCUGCUAUUAUAGCAGAUCCGUAACAUUUGAGAAAACAUACAUUUCCGGUACUCCUGAACAUAUAUUUUGUAAAUGUAUCACUUACUACAGGUAGCUUCAAAUGUAUAUAUUAGAUAUAAAAUGUUUAUUUAAUAUACAAAUUUUAUAA